AUGAGCUCUACUUUUUCAAACAGAAGGAAACCUCGGAAGAUUGGCGGGGAUGAUGAUGAAGAAGAUGGAGCUUCUGCACCAGAGCCCGUUGUCAAGCGGCCAACGAAGGCGAAGCCGAAAUCGAAGUUGCGCAUGUCCUUCAACGCCGGGACUUCGAUGGCCGAGGAAGAGGAUUCACCGAGUGAAGUGGUCAUUCCAAAACGACAUGGUCUAGGUCGGAAGGCUGUGGAGCGCAGUGCCGCCCAGCGCAACCAGCUUCCAGGCGCUGCAGCAAUGCUCUCCGAACGCUUUGGUGAUCAAGACCGACCAAACUACAGCAGUGACUAUCUCAAAGAACUCCGCGACUCAACACCUUCCACCCCAAAAAGCACCGAUGAUGAUAAAGACCGUACUGUCGAUGUGGCUGCCAAGUUUGGCGAACUUAUGACCGUCUCUGGCCAAUCGGCCAUCCCAAGUGCAGCUGAAAUUCGAGAAAAGAAGGCCCGGAGAGCGCGGCUGGCGUUGGAACAUACUGCCAACUCUACAGAGGAGGACUUUAUUUCACUCGACCAUGGUGCUAUAAGCGACGAUGAUUGGGUUGCGAUAGCACGGGGUGAAAAGUUAAUGGAAAAGGAGAAGGAUACACGACUUGUUCGCGAUGAUGAGGAUUUCGCGGAGGGAUUCGAGGAAUACGUGGAAGACGGCAAGGUGUCACUUGGUAAGAAAUCGGAACGUGAGCAAAAGCGCAAGCAACGCGAAGCCAUGCGGGAACUCAUCGAUGAUGCUGAGGGACUUUCCGACGAAGAAGAUUCCGACGUGGAAGAAAAGGCCGCAUAUGAAGCUACUCAGACCAAGGCCGCCAUGGGACAGAAAUCGGACAUCGACCGGCCUCGCACACCACCCAAGAUGACUUCUCUGCCUCAGUUGGCUAAAAGUUUUGACCGACUGCGUACUUCUCUGGCAUCAAUGGAAAAUGCCAAGACUCAGAUGAUCAGUCGUAUGGAAGACCUUCGCAAAGAGAAGGCUGACAUUGCUAUUCGUGAGGUGGAAAUCCAGCAUAUGAUCAAAGAAGCGGGAGAAAAUUAUGAGCGACUAAAGAGGGAAGCCGGUGUUGAUCCAGCUUUAGACGGAGCAGGGGCAUUGGAGAAGUCGCGAGGAUUGGAAAGUAUUGGAGCGCCUUUACCACCUUCUGAUUACUCUGACUCCAGCUUCGAUUCAUCAUGA